GGGAGCGCUGCGGUAUUUUGUCCCGAACGGCGACCCCUCCUCCCGGGCAGGCGGCGGCGGCGAUGGUGGCUGCGGAACUCUGAGGAGCCCCGGGCGGGCUGGAGGCCCGGCGAGGUGGAGGCCGGCCGUCCUCGCAGGAGCGGAGGGGGAGAGGCAGCCGCGGGCGAGCCCCGCCCGGCCGCUGGGAAGGUGGGGGACGCGCCGCGCACCGCCCGCCCGCCGGCCCUGCAGCCUCUAGCUCGGGGCCCGGGCGGGGAGGGAGGUCGGCGCGCGCGCCCGGAGCCUCCGGAGAUGGCGGGAGGUCACUGCGGCAGCUUCCCGGCCGCCGCAGCCGGCAGUGGCGAGAUCGUCCAGCUGAACGUGGGGGGGACCAGAUUCAGUACCUCAAGACAGACUCUUAUGUGGAUUCCAGAUUCUUUUUUUUCCAGUUUGCUGAGUGGAAGAAUUUCAACACUUCGAGAUGAAACUGGUGCUAUAUUUAUUGAUAGAGAUCCGGCAGCAUUUGCACCCAUUUUAAAUUUUCUUCGGACAAAAGAACUAGACUUAAGGGGAGUGAGUAUUAAUGUGCUCAGGCAUGAAGCAGAAUUUUAUGGAAUUACUCCUUUAGUAAGAAGGCUGCUGUUAUGUGAAGAAUUGGAGCGUUCAUCUUGUGGCAGUGUGCUUUUUCAUGGUUACUUGCCUCCACCAGGUAUUCCUAGUCGUAAAAUAAACAACACAGCUAGAUCUUCUGCUGAUUUUAGAAAUGGACUCAAUUCUACAGAAAGUGAAGCCCUGGGAAAUGGUACACAGCCCAUUCUCUCUGGAAGUGGAGAAGAGACUGUUAAGCUAGGAUUUCCUGUGGAUCCACGAAAGGUGCUAAUAGUAGCAGGCCAUCACAACUGGAUUGUAGCUGCAUAUGCCCAUUUUGCUGUGUGUUACAGAAUCAAGGAAUCUUCAGGAUGGCAACAAGUGUUUACAAGCCCGUAUUUGGAUUGGACUAUUGAACGAGUAGCUUUAAAUGCAAAAGUGGUCGGAGGUCCACAUGGAGACAAAGACAAAAUGGUCGCUGUUGCCUCGGAGAGCAGCAUCAUAUUGUGGAGUAUUCAAGAUGGGGGAAGUGGAAGUGAAAUUGGAGUGUUCAGCCUAGGUGUUCCUGUAGACGCUCUCUUCUUUAUUGGUAACCAGUUGGUGGCCACGAGUCACACAGGGAAAGUGGGAGUGUGGAACGCGGUCACUCAGCACUGGCAGGUUCAAGAUGUUGUUCCUAUAACUAGUUAUGACACUGCUGGGUCAUUCCUUCUCUUGGGAUGUAACAAUGGAUCAAUAUAUUACAUAGAUAUGCAGAAGUUCCCCUUGCGAAUGAAAGAUAAUGAUCUUCUUGUGACUGAACUUUAUCAUGAUCCUUCAAAUGAUGCUAUCACUGCUCUGAGUGUUUACUUCACACCCAAAACAAGUGUCAGUGGUAACUGGAUUGAGAUUGCCUAUGGUACAAGCUCUGGAGCUGUACGAGUGAUUGUACAACACCCAGAGACCGUUGGGUCAGGUCCUCAGCUUUUUCAGACUUUCACUGUUCACCGAAGUCCUGUUACAAAAAUUAUGCUGUCAGAGAAGCAUCUUGUAUCAGUCUGUGCAGACAACAAUCAUGUUCGGACGUGGACAGUAACACGAUUCAGAGGAAUGAUCUCUACUCAGCCAGGUUCUACUCCUUUAGCAUCUUUCAAGAUACUGUCACUGGAGGAGACAGAAAGUCAUGGUAGCUAUUCCUCUGGAAAUGACAUAGGGCCUUUUGGAGAGCGAGAUGAUCAACAAGUGUUUAUCCAGAAAGUUGUUCCCAUCACUAACAAACUAUUUGUAAGACUCUCUUCUACUGGGAAAAGAAUAUGUGAGAUCCAAGCUGUCGACUGUACAACAAUAUCCUCGUUCACAGUGAGGGAAUGUGAGGGGUCCAGUAGGAUGGGCUCCAGGCCAAGGCGCUACUUGUUCACCGGCCACACAAAUGGCAGCAUUCAGAUGUGGGACCUGACCACUGCUAUGGACAUGGUCAACAAAAGCGAAGACAAGGAUGUAGGUGGCCCUACUGAAGAGGAGCUCCUCAAACUCUUGGACCAGUGUGACCUGAGUACAUCUCGCUGCGCUACCCCUAACAUCAGCCCUGCAACUUCUGUGGUUCAGCACAGCCGCCUGCGGGAAUCAAACUCGAGCCUUCAGCUUCAGCACCAUGAAACUAUCCACGAAGCAGCUACUUACGGUUCCAUCAGGCCUUACAGAGAAAGUCCUUUGUUAGCAAGGGCAAGAAGGACUGAGAGCUUUCACAGUUAUAGGGACUUCCAGACUAUUAAUUUGAACAGAAAUGUAGAAAAAGCUGUGCCUGAAAAUGGUAACUUGGGUCCAAUACAAACUGAAGUCAAGGGGGCAACAGGGGAAUGUAGUACAUCUGAGAGAAAGUCCCCUGGCACAGAAACGAAAAGUUUGAGAGAAUUAGAUAGUGGGUUGGAAGCACACAAAACAGCUGAAGGUUUUUCAGAAUCCAAGAAAAGGUCAUCAGAAGAUGAAAACGAAAAUAAAGUGGAGUUAAGGAAGAAAGGAGGAUUUGAAGGGGGAGGAUUCCUUGGAAGAAAGAAAGGUCCCUACCUGGUGUCAUCACCAAGCACUUCUGAUGGAGGAACUGAUUCGCCAGGUACUGCAUCCCCGUCUCCUACAAAGACCACUCCAUCUCCACGGCAUAAAAAAAGUGAUUCUUCAGGUCAAGAGUACAGCUUAUAAAAACUUACCAAAGUGAAUUGUUAUUUUAUUAAAUUUAGAUAAAAGUUCAACAUUAUUGGAUUUCAGUACAUCAGUUUUUACACUAAAACUUUACAAGGUAAAAAUGAACUUCACUUAGUAUCUUUUAAGUAGAAUUACCUGGAAUAAGGAGGUAUAAUAAUUAUAUCUCUUUUGACAUUUGGAAAUUUUUUCAGUUUUAUAAGUACUUUUAAUAUAUCAUUUGUAAAGCAAGAGUCCAUUGUAAUGUUCAGCUACUUUUUGUUGGUUUUGGAAACAUAGUCGCACAUCUUGAUAGGAUGGUGCCCAUCUAGAGGAGCAUCCCUUAGAGCAUGGGAACCAGCAGACUGUGUUCCUAACCUUGAUUGUGCCUGAGACUUGUCUUGCAGUGUUAUGUUAAGUGAAUCAUAUAAUUCUCCUUGGAAUUUGGUGAUUGCAAAGUGUUUACCAGGUAUUUGAUGAGGUGCUGUGUUUGUGAAAAAAUAAUAUGUAAUUCAGAAACACUAAUGCUAUUGAAUAUCAGAGUGCGUUAGGAAGUAAGUCUCCUUAAGGAUAUUUCAUUUUUAUUGUGGGUCAUUUUCUUUCUUUCUUGUUUUUUUUUUAAUCAGCAAGUUAAAAAUAUUUAUUGCUAUUCCAGACUUCAAAUGAGUCCAGAACGGGAGGCUGGUGUGUUGGUUAAGAAAGUUGUCAUGGCAUGACUGUGGUAGACAAAUCCAGGCAGCCUGACAUUGAGUCCAUCCUCUUUUUUUGGACCCCACAAAGCAGCUUCUGCUGGGGCCAACUCUUCCGCACCUGCACCAUUCACCCAGACAGGACUCCGGGGCUGGAGCAGGCAGCCCCACAGUUCACAGCUGAGAGUCCACCUUCACCUCCCCAAGCCCUCACAGAGCCUUCUCCUGGGGUCAGACACUGGAUUUGGCCGUGUGGAGAGAGAAACGGUGUGAGAGGAAUCAUCGUGAUAGGAAUAAAGCGUGCACAGUCUUGGGUCAAAGGUUGUAAACUGCUACCUGUGUCCGUUUUAUCCCCUUUGGCCUCCACAGUGUUAAAAAAAAAAAUACAUUUGCCAAUAUUUAAAAAUUAUAAGAUUUCAUCUAAAAAUCUUGGUAUUGGCUUCUCUAGGAGAAAAAAUUGAGACUAUCUGGCAAUCCUGUGCCCACAACCUUCUCAUAUGGCACUACCUGGUUACAGCUAGGUCGUCUUUAUAGACUGGCUGUGUGCUCUCCAAAUUACUCCAGUCUUUGCUACCCUUAAUUAGAACCCCAACUGGAGGCUGGGCCUCAGCUGCCUAGUAUCAAUGCAUAUGUGCUGUUACUUUUCGUGUAGUAUAAAAACUAUUUAUUGCAUCCAUUGUAUGUAUUAUCUUUAUCAAAAAAGGAAAAAUGGAAUUUAAGCCUGGAAGCAACAUGUUUCCAGUGGUCUUUGUUAUUCAUUAAAGUCUCUGGCUUGGUCCUGCAGACACCUGAGUUUGUAAACAUGGAGCGUUCCUAAAUAUCUCCCCCAAGGAGCUCCCUGCACACAGCCUGCCUCUCCAGGACGUACUGUGCCCCAGUGUUAAUUGGGAAAACCUAGAAAAGAAAUCAAAAUUAACUACAGAAGUUAAUGGAGGAAUAAACUAAGAUGAACUAUGUUAGCCCCUUCAUUGUAAAAGGGGACUGGAGUAGAAUGAAAAUGUUAAUACAUAGAACUCUGCUUUUAAGUUAGUGAUCGCUAAAAACAAAAGAGAAAGCAGUAAAGGUACUUCAGGGGGCCAAGACUGUGUCAGUCUAAAGUUGAGGUCCCAAAAUGUAUUGGUUCCCAUUUCUUAACUGUUUUGGAAAUGAACAAAGCUCUUUAGAGAAAAACCACAGGGGUGAGGAGGAAAGUGCCAUGGUCAGCCCAGCAGAUGUCUUGAGAGAUGCAAGACUCAACCUCCAUUAGGUCAGGGCUGCUUGCCCCAGCCUGAAAUGUAAGUGGCAUGAGAUGGUUUUCAGUGAGGGUUGUAGAUACAUCACAAAAAGGAGCUGAAGAAGGGCAGAGUCAGAAUCUGAUCUUGGCAAACACAAGAGAGAGGAAGAGGCGCCUUCCUAAUACCCUUUCAUCCAGCUGGGGCUAGUGCCCCAUUAUUUGCCCGUUAGAGAAGCAGUGAUCUUGAUGCAGCCCAGGCGCUUCCCGCCACUGCUCAGGAUACUCUUGAUGCAGUAGUUUCCACUGGUGACCCAGCUGGGCAGCUCCAGGUCCGGCAUGGUGAAAUUGCUCUUGGGCAGUGAGUAGGUGCCUUCUUUGAAGGGACAGUGGCAGGGAAGCCCAUAGGUGUGCAAGGACUCUGGGCAGGGCACACCAGGGGGGAUUAAAUUAUUAAGCAUGUCACAGACGUCAUCGUAUACACAGCUGCCAAUCACUUUCACGCACGGGAUUUUGACCCAAACAACGGAGUCUGUACUUGAGGUUGCAUUGCGAUGGGUGUAUCAGCACAGAAUUAACUGUGGGUCAUUUUCUGAUUCUCAUUGUUGGAAGUUCUUAAAUCUUAGCUAAGCAUUGGAGCAGUUGUCUGUGUGUGGAAAGAUGAAAUAAAAAUAAUGUAGAGCAGUGCUUUGAGUACCCAGCAGGGAAUACUGUACCCGUUGGUAACCUGCCUUGUUUUAGGAGCCACCAUAUUUUUUUUCAGUGUUAAUAAUGAAGAUAAUUAAAUUAAAUGUGAUCAUUUUGUUGUGCUUAUGGGACUGCAGUUCUGAAUUGUUGGUCCAAGGUUUUAGCUGCUGUAAAAAAAAAAAAUGUUAAUUUGAAUAGAUUUUGAAUUGUAAAAGAAAUGAUUUUUUUUGUACAUUAUUUUCCUUUAAUUAGAAUGGUUUUUCAAGUUUCUACAAAUAGGAUAAAUAUAAACUUAAAGCAUUAAGCAUUAUUGGUUAAUAAUGUAUAUGUUCCCAUUCCAAAAACUAUAAUAAAUAAUAAACGAAGUUGAAAUAAACUCUUAAAAUUUACUAUAUUGCCAGUGGUUUCACAACAGUUUUCUUGUAUUUAUCAAUUAAAUCAAAUAAAAAUGA